CAGAGUUUGAAGAAAGAGGGAAUGGAAGAAAGGAGAUUGUAGGGGGGAAAUCACUGAACGCUUGAAAAGAGGAAACAGUUUGCAGCCCAGUUUCUAGAGCACCUCAAAUCCUACCCCCUUUGGUCUUAGGAAGCCGAGCAUCCCAGUUGGAAAAGGAGAGGACCAGAGGGUCCAGAGGGGAUGUAGAGACCGUGGUAACUCCCAGCCCGGCGACCUCCCUCCCCUCAGAGGCGGUGCGCGCAGCCCACACAGAGCGCAGCAAGCCUUGCUUGCGCUGGAGCCGCCAGUCUGAGCGUGGCCGCCGGGGGAGCAGCACUGAGCUUGCUGUGGAUCUCCUCCCCGAAGGGCGCGCAAGCCUUGGCGUUCAUAUUGGUUCCCCUAGAGCGCACCGAGGAGGAGGCGCAGCUGUCCAGUAGCCGGCCGCCUAAUAAGUCUGGUCACUAACGUACUCCAGCUCUCCACUACCCUGCCAGGGCAGGAGCCGUCAUGUCGCCGUUUCUUCGCAUCGGCUUGUCCCACUUUGACUGUGGACCCUAUCAGCCGUGCCAAGGAGAGGUGGUGAGCCCUUACUGUGCUGUGCUUGUCAAAGAGUCUGUGGAAUCAGAAAAUGGGCAAAUUUUUGUCCAGAAGAAGCCUACCAUGUAUCCACCCUGGGACAGCACUUUUGAUGCUCACAUCAAUAAGGGGAGAGUGAUGCAAAUCAUAGUGAAGGGGAAAAACAUCGAUCUGAUAUCUGAAACAACCAUAGAACUCUACUCGUUGGCGGAAAGAUGCAAGAAAAACAAUGGGAAAACAGAAAUAUGGUUAGAGCUGAAACCUCAAGGCCGAAUGCUAAUGAAUGCAAGAUACUUUCUGGAAAUGAGUGAUGCUAAAGACCCAAGCAAAUUUGAUACGGAAGGAUUCUUUACAUUGCAUCAUCGCCGAGGAGCUAUAAAACAAGCCAAAGUCCACCAUGUCAAGUGUCAUGAGUUCACUGCCACCUUUUUUCCCCAACCCACUUUCUGUUCCGUUUGCCAUGAGUUUGUCUGGGGCCUUAACAAGCAAGGGUACCAGUGCCGACAGUGUAAUGCAGCAAUUCACAAGAAAUGCAUCGAUAAAGUUAUAGCCAAGUGUACAGGAUCUGCUGUGAACAGCAGAGAAACAAUGUUCCACAAGGAGAGGUUUAAAAUUGAUAUGCCUCAUAGAUUUAAAGUCUACAAUUACAAGAGUCCAACUUUCUGUGAGCACUGUGGAACCCUACUCUGGGGACUGGCAAAACAAGGGUUAAAGUGUGAUGCAUGUGGCAUGAAUGUUCACCACCGAUGCCAAACGAAAGUGGCCAAUCUAUGUGGGGUAAACCAGAAACUCAUGGCAGAAGCACUGGCAAUGAUUGAAAGCACCCAACAGGCUCGAUGCUUACGUGACACAGAACAGAUCUUCCGAGAAGGUCCAGUUGAAAUUGGCCUCCCUAUCCAUUUCAAGCAAGGAGCAACAAUUCCAUAUUUACCAAUGUCUGCACCGGGGAAAAAAGAACCUCAGGGAAUCUCUUGGGAGUUGCCAAUGGAAAGGAUGGUGAACACCGAACCUCUUUCUGGACCAGUACUGAAGACAGAACAACCAUCCUUAAAAAUGAAAUUCAGUAUCGAGGAUUUUAUUUUGCACAAAAUGCUGGGGAAAGGAAGUUUUGGCAAGGUAUUCCUGGCAGAAUUCAAGAAAACGAAUGAAUUCUUUGCGGUAAAAGCCUUAAAGAAGGAUGUUGUUUUGAUGGAUGAUGAUGUCGAAUGUACGAUGGUGGAAAAGCGAGUUCUUUCACUGGCCUGGGAGCAUCCGUUCCUAACUCACGUAUACUGCACAUUCCAGACUGAGGAAAACCUUUUUUUUGUGAUGGAAUAUCUCAAUGGAGGAGACCUGAUGUACCAUAUCCAAAACUGCCACAAGUUUGAACUUUCUAGGGCCACGUUUUAUGCUGCUGAAAUCAUUCUUGGCCUACAGUUCCUUCAUUCCAAAGGUAUCAUCUACAGGGAUCUGAAACUGGACAACAUUCUAUUAGACAAGGAUGGACACAUCAAAAUAGCUGAUUUUGGUAUGUGCAAGGAAAACAUGUUUGGAGACAUGAGGACAAGCACGUUCUGUGGAACCCCUGACUACAUUGCACCAGAGAUACUGCUGGGUCAGAAAUACAACACUUCCGUGGACUGGUGGUCCUUUGGUGUUCUCCUCUAUGAAAUGCUAAUUGGUCAGUCACCUUUCCAUGGCCAAGAUGAAGAAGAGCUCUUCCACUCUAUCCGAAUGGACAACCCCUUAUACCCAAACUGGCUUCAGAAGGAUGCAAAGGAUCUUUUAGUAAAGCUUUUUGUGAGAGAACCUGAGCGAAGGCUUGGGGUGAAGGGGGAUAUCCGUCUACAUACCUUCUUCAGGGAGAUCAACUGGGAGGAUCUUGAAAGAAAGGAGAUAGAGCCACCAUUCAAACCAAAAGUGAAAUCUCCAAGCGACUGCAGUAACUUUGAUAAAGAAUUCCUGAAUGAGAAACCACGGCUAUCUUUCGCUGACAGAACGCUGAUAAACAGCAUGGACCAAAAUAUGUUCAGCAACUUUUCCUUCAUUAACCCAAAGAUGGAGAGGAUGUUAUCCUGAGGAUUUAGUCUUCCCAGAGCCUUUUGGUUGAAGGAAUCUGCCUUCUUUCUUUGAACUGGUUCAAGCAACACUUAAUCAUGUCCCUUUUUCAUCUCAGAGAAGAAAAGAAACACUCGACAAUGAGGGCUCAGAGCUUUUACCAAUACUCCUGACAUUUAUCUGUAGAGUAAGCCAUCUCUACUUCACUAAUGACAAAUGUCUCGUGUUACAUCUCCUGCCAUCUUUUACAGAAUGCUCUCGAAUUUCAGGGCAUUAGAGAAAGGACUCGCCGUGAGGUUCAGAUUUGCCAUCUCACUCCCUGCACAGUAGUAAUUUACUUGAAAGAUGGUACCGCGUACUGUGAAAGAUUGAACAACUUAAUACUGCCCUAAAUUAGCCCCUGCCCUUGAGUAUAAAAUGCCGAUCAAUGGACUCCUUGAUGAAUCAAGGCACAAACUGCAUACGAAACGUCUCAAGACUAUAACGGUACGUUGCCAAAUGCGUAGCAAUUUUCCUCCAGCCUCGGACCAGGAGCUGCUGACCUAUUUUACCCUGUUCACAUCUGUGGAAGCUUAAAUGGCCAAAAGAAAACUGAGAACAGUAACAAGGUUUUCAUGGGAAUCCUUCACAAUAAAUGUAACCUGUCACUUGAGAUUUGCAAAACCAUUCAUUCUGAUUAUCCACAUUCCCCACACUGUUUUGCAAGAGAUAACAUUGGUAAGUUGGAAGAACGUUUGUCUCCCUGGAAGUCUAAUAGUCUAUUUCAUCUGGUUGUCCUGGCAAUGAAGAAAUUAAAUGCAGAAUCUACUAAAAAUGAUAUCAAAUUAUUUCCCUCAAUUAAAACUUGCCUCGACUUUCCACUAAUCCAUUUUUCACUUGAUGCCAUUUUUAAUGGCCAUCACUGACAGGACUACAAUCCUCAUUUUAUUAGAGGAAAAGGAACACAACCAUCAUAACAACUCAAAACAUCCAAUGUCAAAAUACUCCUGGGAGAUUAACCCAUCUUCUCUUGGUUUUUUUUUCUUUUGUUUUGUGCAACAUUCAAGAUAAAGAACCUUGUGUGUCAUUUUAGUAGGCACCUUGUUUGAUUAGAAUUAUUAACUAGGGCACUUUUAAAGUGCCAUUGUUGUUUGUAUAGUUUAAUAAAAUAUUGUGACUUAAUGGCAAAGACUUGUAUGUGUGUGAAAAUGUAAUUUAAAAAAACAAGAAAUCCAAAAGGCUCUAAGUUUUAUAACCCUCCAACCGUGAAGUUUUAUGCCCCUCUAAUGGUGGAGUCUGUGAUUUUUCAGUCUUCAAAAACUGGCUAGUGUCUGACUAUUAAAAAAAAAUCUGCUGGGUA